GUUUAAUAUUGAUUUCCUAUCUCCACGACAUCAAUCAGAGGUUAACCAAAAUAAGAGAAGGAUAACAUAUAGCAGAGGCGUAGCAAAGGAUAGAGAGAGCCACUCAAAUCAAUAAGCCAUGGCAUCAACAACAACAAACCCUUUGCUUUCUUCAAGCUUCUUUGGUUCUCAAAUCCUUCUUUCACCUCCAACUCCCAAGACUACCAAACUCUCAUUUCCUUUCCCAUUCUUCUCUACAAGAAAAUCUCAAUUAGUGACUCGCGCAAUUCUCGACAACAACAAAAGAAAACAGCCCAGUUCAGAUUCUUUGAAAUCAAUCCAAACUCAAGCUACUUUAGCUACUUUACUCUUCUCUUCUCUAUCCCCACAAGCCUUUGCCUUAGACAACCCAACUCCAUCACCACCACCAGUUCUUGAAGCACAACCCACUAAACCUAAUCCCUCAAAUUCCUCUCCUUUCUCUCAAAAUCUUCUUCUCACAGCACCAAAACCUCAAUCCCAAUCAACCUCUGAUCUUCCUGAAGGUACCCAAUGGCGAUACAGCGAGUUUCUCAACGCUGUCAAGAAAGGGAAAGUCGAAAGAGUCCGUUUCAGCAAAGAUGGUUCUGCUCUCCAGCUUACCGCAGUAGACGGCCGCCGUGCUACUGUCAUUGUUCCUAAUGAUCCUGACCUUAUUGACAUUCUUGCUAUGAAUGGAGUUGAUAUAUCUGUCUCCGAGGGAGAUUCUGGCAAUGGACUUUUUAAUUUUAUUGGAAAUCUUUUGUUUCCGUUUCUUGCUUUUGCCGGGUUGUUUCUUCUCUUCCGCCGUGCACAGGGUGGUCCUGGUGGACCCGGUGGAUUAGGUGGGCCAAUGGAUUUUGGAAGAUCGAAAUCCAAGUUUCAAGAAGUGCCAGAAACUGGUGUUACAUUUGCUGAUGUUGCAGGAGCUGAUCAAGCAAAAUUGGAACUUCAAGAAGUUGUUGAUUUUUUGAAGAACCCAGAUAAGUAUACAGCUUUAGGAGCUAAAAUUCCAAAAGGGUGUUUAUUAGUUGGACCACCUGGUACAGGGAAGACACUGUUAGCUAGAGCAGUUGCUGGAGAAGCAGGAGUCCCAUUUUUCUCAUGUGCAGCAUCUGAGUUUGUUGAGUUGUUUGUGGGUGUUGGGGCUUCGAGAGUGAGAGAUUUGUUCGAUAAAGCCAAAGCAAAGGCUCCUUGCAUUGUGUUUAUUGAUGAAAUUGAUGCUGUUGGAAGGCAGAGAGGAGCAGGCCUUGGUGGUGGAAAUGAUGAAAGAGAACAGACCAUUAACCAGUUGUUGACUGAAAUGGAUGGCUUUUCUGGUAAUUCUGGUGUCAUAGUCUUGGCUGCUACUAAUAGACCAGAUGUUCUUGAUGCUGCUUUGUUAAGACCUGGGAGAUUUGAUAGACAGGUCACUGUGGACAGGCCUGAUGUUGCUGGUAGAGUCAAGAUUCUUCAGGUUCACUCUAGAGGAAAGGCACUCGCGAAGGAUGUGGACUUCGAAAAAAUUUCCCGGAGAACUCCAGGAUUUACUGGAGCCGAUUUGCAGAAUCUGAUGAAUGAAGCUGCCAUCCUUGCAGCUAGGCGUGACCUUAAAGAAAUAAGCAAAGAUGAGAUAUCGGAUGCUUUGGAGAGGAUCAUUGCUGGACCAGAGAAGAAAAAUGCUGUCGUCUCAGAUGAGAAGAAAAAAUUAGUUGCCUAUCAUGAGGCUGGGCAUGCUUUGGUUGGUGCACUUAUGCCUGAAUACGAUCCUGUAGCCAAGAUAUCAAUCAUUCCCCGUGGUCAAGCUGGUGGUCUUACAUUUUUUGCUCCAAGUGAGGAGAGGCUUGAGUCUGGACUGUACAGUAGAAGCUACUUGGAGAAUCAGAUGGCAGUUGCACUAGGUGGAAGGGUUGCUGAGGAGGUAAUCUUUGGUGAUGAUAAUGUGACAACAGGAGCUUCAAAUGACUUCAUGCAAGUUUCAAGGGUGGCAAGGCAGAUGGUUGAGAGAUUUGGUUUCAGCAAAAAGAUUGGACAAGUUGCCAUUGGUGGGCCUGGUGGAAAUCCCUUCUUGGGACAACAGAUGUCAUCGCAAAAAGACUACUCCAUGGCCACUGCAGAUGUAGUCGAUGCAGAGGUAAGGGAGCUGGUCGAGAAGGCAUAUUCAAGGGCCAAGCAGAUCAUCACAACUCACAUUGACAUCCUUCACAAGCUUGCUCAACUCCUCGUAGAGAAAGAAACCGUUGAUGGAGAAGAGUUCAUGAGUCUCUUCAUUGAUGGAAAAGCUGAACUUUAUGUUUCCUGAUUUCACUUCUAGGCAACAAAAUCUUGUAUAAUAUGUUUCACACAAGCAAGAAAAACGCAAUCAAUUGGCGACUUCAGAAAUAUUAGGAUUUAUAGAAUAUGUAUGUAUAGGCAAGAUACCUGUUACAAUCUUUUUCAAUUUGUUUUUCAGCCACUUUUAAGCUGCUACAUGGCCCGGGAACUGAUAGUAAGAGUAGCAAUCGAAGUGCCAGCAUCUUCAUCUUUGUGAA